GGAGAGCUGAGAGGUUUGGGCGACGUUCUUGAUUUCUCGCCGCCAUGUCGUCCAAAAAGAGCACCGACGAGCGCUUCCUGCGUGUUCAGAAGGACCCUCGCUUCUGGGAAAUGCCCGACAGAGAGCGAAAGGUGAAGAUCGACAAACGCUUCCAGUCGAUGUUUCACGACAAACGCUUCAACGUGAAAUACACGGUGGACAAACGAGGGAAACCCAUCAACCACACCACCACCGAGGACCUGAGACGCUUCUACAAGCUGUCAGACUCAGAGGAGGAGGACGAGGAGGAGGAGGAGAGGAAGAAGAAGAAGAAGGAGGGCAAGAAGAAGAAGAAGAAGAAGCAGGAAGUGAAGGAGAGCGUGACGAAGGUUGAUGAAGAGGAGGAGGAAGAGGAGGAGGAAGGAGUAACGUUGCAGAGCAGAGACGUUAAAAUAGAGCGGCCUGAACGAGGAGUCAGAGUUUAUGAAGAAGGUGAAGGUGAUGAUGACGAUGAUGAGCAGUCUGUAGAGGAAGAUGAGCUGGGAGACAUCGUGUCAGAGGAAGAGGAGGCGGAGGAAGAUGAUGAUGAUGAUGAAGAGGAGGAGAGCGGAUCAGACGAUGAAGAGUCUGAGUCUGGUUUGGAUUCAGGAGACGACAGCGACAGCGGACCGGAUCUGGCUCGAGGAAAAGGAAACAUCGAGACGAGCUCUGAUGAAGACGACGAUGACGAUGUGGACGCCUUCCUGCGGAGAGAGGAAGAGGAGAUCGAACACGACUGGGGAGAACUGUGCAAAGACGCUCCACGCAGCGACGAGGUGUCGACCCGUCUGGCUGUGUGUAACAUGGACUGGGACAGAAUGAAAGCCAAAGAUCUUCUGGCUCUGCUCAACUCCUUCACUCCUAAAGGAGGAGCGGUGCUGUCUGUUAAGAUUUACCCGUCAGAGUUUGGGAAGGAGCGUUUAACGGUGGAGCAGACGCAGGGACCGAUGGAGCUCAAAGCUUUGCCCGAAGACUCCGAGGACGACAACGAGGAGGAGAAAGUGUACAGGGAGAAGAUGCGUGACUAUCAGUUCAAGCGUCUGAAGUAUUUCUACGCGGUGGUCGAGUGCGACUCCGUCAACACGGCGGCGAAGAUCUACGAGGAGUGUGACGGAUACGAGUACGAGAGCAGCUGCUCCAUGCUGGACCUCCGGUUUGUUCCCAGCGACGUGACGUUUGACGACGAGCCCAAAGACGAAGCGACAGACGUGAAUCUGACGGCUUACACUCCCAAACUGUUCACCUCCACCUCUUCCUCCACCUCCAAGGUUCAGCUAACAUGGGACGAGACCGACCACGAACGCGUCACCGCCCUCAACAGGAAGUUCAACAAGAACGAGCUGCUGGACAUGGACUUCAACGCCUACCUGGCUUCCUCCAGCGAAGAGGAGGAGGAGGAGGAAGUGGAAGAGGAAGGAGAGGAAGUGGAAGGAGGCGACGCUGAACGGAGAGAAGAGCCGACCGUCAUCGUCAUGGAGGAAGAGGAAAAGGAAGAAGAGAAGGAGGAAGAGGAGAAACAGACGAAGAAGAGGACGAAGAAGAAGCCGGUGAAGACGAAGAGUGAGGAGCAGAUCUCAAAGUACAGAGAGCUGCUGAAAGGAAUCCAAGACAAAGAGAAAAAGAUCCAGGAAGAUAAAAGCAUGGAGAUGGAAAUCACCUGGGUCCCUGGACUGAAGGAGACGACGGAGCAGCUGGUGAAGAAGAAGAUGGAGGGAAAAGACAAACUGACUCCGUGGGAAGAAUUCCUAGAGAAGAAGAAAGACAAGAAGAAGAAGAAGAAAGCUGACAGGAAACAGGGAGACGAUGAAGACGAGAUCAGUGAUGAUGAUCUUCCUCCAGACGUCGACCUCAACGACCCGUUCUUCUCUGAGGAGCUCGCAGACAUGAAGAAGAAACCAAAGAAGAAGAAGCAGGAUGAGGAAGAGGAGGAGCGGACGGCUGAGGAUGAAGAAGAGCUGGAGAGACAAAAGGCUGAGAUGGCUCUGCUGAUGGAGGACGACGCCUCUGACGUCAAACACAAACACUUUAACUACGAUAAGAUCGUGGAGCAGCAGAAUCUGAGCAAGAAGAAGAAGAAGAAGCUGCAGAAGAAAGGAGAGCAGCCGCAGAACGACGACUUCCAGGUCGACGUCAAAGACCCUCGCUUCCAGUCGAUGUUCACGUCUCACCUCUUCAACCUGGACCCGUCUCACCCGAGCUACAAGAAGACUCGAGCCACGCAGAGCAUCGAGGAGGAGAAGCAGCGCCGCCGCCACCGCCGCGAGGAAGACGAGCAGCAGCACCUUCAUCAUCAGGUCGCCGUCGGCAACGCUGCCCCGAAGACGGCCGAGAGUGAUAAACGGGAGAGAGACUGUGAGGGCUCGGAGAGGAAGGCGAUGGACCCGAGUCUGUCGCUGCUCGUUAAAUCUAUUAAGAGUAAGACGGAGCAGUUUCAGGCUCGCAAGAAACACAAACUCAACUAAGACUGUUUGUAUCAGGGGGUCAAACAUGAGGCCCGGGGGCCACAACCGGACCGCACAGGGGUCCACUCCGGCCCACUUUCCUUCCUUCCUUCCUUCCUUCAUUCCU